AUGGUCAAGCCCCUCGUGUUCAAGGGUGACAAGCCCAAGACCAAGAAGCGCAAGCAGCGUGACCCGGACGUCGGAACGUCUGCCAAAACCCGCAAGACCGAUGCCCCCCAGGCCGAAGAGGACGACAACCCCGAGGACCAGAGCUGGGUUUCCGCCGACACAGCAAGCGACAUCUCCGGCCCGGUCAUCCUUGUUCUGCCCUCCGAUGAGCCGAGCUGCAUUGCCAGCGAUGCAAACGGAAAAGUCUUUGCGAGCAUCCUGGAGAAUAUGGUGGAGGGGGACCCGGGGACUGCGGAGCCGCACGAUGUGCGGCAGGUGUGGGUUGCAACGCGCGUGGCAGGGACAGAGUCGUUUAGUUUCAAGGGACAUCAUGGGAAGUACUUGAGUUGCGACAACCACGGUCUGUUCACCGCGACUGCGUCCGCCGUUUCUCCCUUCGAAUCCUUCCUCGCCAUUCCCUCGGCUGAAAUCACAGGCACAUUCGCCAUCCAAGUGCGUGGCGGAGACUCGGAGUCCUUUCUCAGCGUCAAGGAAAGCGCAAAGGCAAGCAGCGGCGUCGAGAUCCGAGGCGACGCGACCACAAUCUCCUUCGAAACGACCGUGCGCAUUCGGAUGCAGGCGCGGUUCAAGCCACGCCUCCGCGCGAACAAGGAAUCCAAGGCCUACGAGAAGAUUAGUCGGAAAGAGCUGGAGGCUCUUGUGGGGCGGAAAUUGGAGGAUGAUGAGGUCAAGCGAUUGCGGCGGGCGCGGAGAGAGGGCAAUUUCCACGAAGAGAUGCUGGACGUCAAGGUCAAAGGAAAGCACGACAAGUUUGCUUGA